AUGGCCCAGGCUUGCUAUAACACAAAGCCGCCGCCGACGAAGCGGACAGCGGCCAGCGGCCAGCGGACAGCUCCGGCAGUAACGCAAUUACGCGGCAUCGGCGCCGGCAUCAGCAUCGGCCGGCUCGCCGCGCUCGCUCAGCCGUGCGUGCAGCCGCGGGCUGGCCUCCGCCUCCACCCCGUCCUCCCCACCGCCCCCGCCAGUCCCACUCCGCCCCCUCCCGGCCGCCCCCCACCGGGCGCGGCGCAAUUUGCCGGCCGCGCUGAAUUAUUCCCCAGACGGUUUUAUUCGCCGUCCAGCUCGACGGCGUGCCGGAGCAAGUGCCGGGUCGCCGCCAUUGUUCUUCCUGUCUGCGUGCCUCCGCCACCCGCGCCGUCUUCUGCUUCUUUAACACCGGGCCGUCCACGGUGGCCCGUGCACGGCCACGCGGUCCCGUCCCCCCUGGCGUUCGCGUCAACAGGUAGGCCGGGCGUGGUCUGGCGCACUCACCCUGGCCUCGCUCAUCGCCGCGGGUCGCCGCCGCCCGCGCUGGCCGCCGCCCUCCGCACGUCGUGUGGCCGCCGCCUGCUCCGCCCUGCCCUCUGCUCGCGCGGCACGCACCUCGCACUCUACAGCGCGCACGUCGCGCACGUCGUCGCUCCGCGGCCAAACGGCACCGCACUGCCGACACCACUGCCGCUGCCUCGGCCGCCCGCCGGCAGCUUUUUCCACGGAGAUUCAUACCAUCUAUUAUUUGGUGUUGAAGAUCACAAAAGUCACAUUCUCUUCCCUGAAAGAUCAGAUUGUCUCUGA